CGAAGUUUGAACUUCCUCUUGAAAACCAUGGCGGAUUAUGACCAAAAUGUAGGAGAUUACGGUGAAGGACGAGAUGGCGGUUACGGCGGGGGUUAUGGGGGUGGCUAUGACAGAGGUUAUGGUGGAGGAGGCGGUGGCUACGGAGGCGGUGGUCGGGGUGGCUAUGAUCGAGGAGGCAGAGGUGGAUAUGGUGGUGGAGGGAGAAGCCGAGGACCCAAGCCACUCCCCACGGAGGCCCCCUUCACAGCCUACGUAGGAAACCUACCAAACAUGCUGGUGCAGGGAGACUUGGAAGUAAUUUUCAAAGAUUUACAAGUUAAAAGUGUCCGAUUAGUAAGAGAUAGAGAUACAGACAGAUUCAAGGGUUUUGCUUAUGUAGAAUUUGUUGAUUUAGAAUCAUUAAAAGAAGCUUUAGCUUAUGAUGGUGCAAUUUUUGAAGAUAAGAAAAUCCGUGUAGAUGUAGCUGAAGGGAAAAAAGAAGGUGGCUAUGGGCGUGGUGGACGCGGUGGAAGAGGACGAGGAGGUGGCGGUGGGGGCGGUGGCUACAGAGAUGACCACAGGGACGGCGGCUAUGGUGGCGGUGGUGGUAACUGGGAAGACAGGCCUAGGGGAAGAGGGGGUUACCGUGGCGAUAGAGAUGGAUACAGGGAUCAUGAUAGAGGGUAUGGUGGUAGGGGUGGUUACAGAAAUGAUGACAGAGACAGACAUGAACACAGAGGAGGAGGAUUUGGAGGUGGUCGUAGGCCAAGAAGAGAUAGUGAUGGAAGUGGAGGAGCAGCAGAGCUGAGGGAGCCAUCUCCAGAAAGUGCAGCUGCCAGGCCAAAGUUAAAACUGCUCCCGAGAACCAAGAAAGACCCUGUUGCCCAAUCAGAACCUUCUAGAAAUUCAAGCAUAUUUGGCUCUGGCAAACCAAGGGAGGCCAAACCAGAUGAUUACACAGCCAGUGACGAAACAUCACAUUAGUAAAACAGAGGAAAACUUAGUGUAUUGAAUAACAGGUUUUAUGUCAGUGAACAGUAGGUCAGCUGAUACCCUUUUGUAGGAUUGAAUAAACAAAGAAAAAAAA